AUGCCGAGGACACGGGACUAUGAAUAUUAUAGUUCGAGUUCCUCCAGCGAUGAAUCCUCCCACACAAAUGACAGGCACCAUCGCUGGCGGAAUGAACGUAAAGUCUCUCAUAGAUAUAAUAAUCGUUUGGAUUCCUCUGAAAGAAGGAAUCCUAGGUUGAUGGAAGAUCGUGAUCAUUCCCCUCAACGUUCACGGCAUUACCGCAAUGCUCGUGGCAAUGCAGUAAGUCGUGACGGCAGACAAGGGGAAGAACAUAAUUAUAAGCGACAUAGGGACUAUAUUGACAGAUCCCGUUCGCGCCGCAAUCGGAGAGAUCGCUCUAUUUCCCCACGACACGAUUAUAGGGGAGAUAAUUGCUAUUCUAGCGAGACUCCAUUGCGAGGCGAAUGCGAUCGUCAUCGCUAUGACUCGUCAAGAACAGAUCAUCAUCAUAGGUCUCCCCUCCGUCGCAGUGGUAGGUCACGUCGUGAGUCCCCAUCAAAACAUCGGGAUCAUCAUUAUAACUAUUAUGAUAAUCAAUACAAUCUUCCACUGCGAGGCCGAGGUGAUUACCAUGAUUAUGAUUACCGAAGACACGAUCCAUCUCCUCCACGUCGUGGGAGACGUUACGAAUCCCCACACUACUAUAGGGAUGAUUAUGAUUAUUACGAUCGUAACGAAUCUCCAAUCCGACGUAGGGGCGAUGAUCGCGAAUCCCAUUCACAUAGAUAUCGAAACCGAAAUCGAUCUCCAUCACCUUAUGAAGAAAGACGGAGGGGUGAAGGUUAUAGGCGGGAUCCCCCGAGAGAAUCAUUUUAUGAUUCAAGGGUGCGAGGAUGGGAUACUCGCUCCCCUUCACCUAUUCGUCGUUCUCGAUCACCAUAUGAAGAACGGAAGGAUGACGGCUUUAGUCGGUAUCCUCCUCGAGAAUCAUUUUAUGAUUUAAGUAGGUGGGAUGCUCGCUCUCCUUCAUCCGUUCGUUACUCAGAAUGGAAGGGUAAAGACCACAGGCAGUCUUCCCCUCGAAGAUCAUUUCGUGAUCCUCAUCAUCGGCGGAAUACUCCCUCUCCUUCACCCGUCCAUUCUCGAGUAAGCACCGAGUACCCUAGCACAUCACAUUCCCGGGUAAGAUCGAAAGAUGAAGGAAACCCUGGUUCACCCUCUCGAUCCUCUCAUGGUCAUCGAAGGCGUGAGUCUUGGUCCCCUUCAUUUUCUCAUCAUUCAGACAGCGAUGGGUACCCAAGUGCUUCUUCAUCUUUUGAAGAAUGGACAAUUGAAGAUUAUAAACGGCUAACCCCGCAAUCAUUCCAUGAGCGUUCGAGGGAUAUUCGUUCAUCUUCAUCUGUCCAUCUUCAAGAUAAUAAUGAUGGAUACCAGAGUGAUAGUUGCAGAUUAGUGGCAUCCUCUCCAACAUAUGAAAAUUGUGAAACCAUAGACAAUAAUAUGCCCUCUGCCGCUAAUACUUUCUCACUCAAGCAUAUCAGGGUUACCCCAGAUUCAGUAGAAUACAAGGGACCUAGCGGGGAAAACUUUCCCCCUCCCUUUAAGGCUCGAACCAAAGAUACUGAGGAAUCUGAAGUAGAAGUUACUACUCAGUCUCUUAAACAUAGGUCAAUUGAACAACGAAUUCAUGUUUUGGAAGACAAGAUGGACUUCGUGCUUAAUCGUCUACAAAUCCUUAAUGCCCUGGAGUCCUCUGUCGAAGACCUAGCCACUCAGAUUUCCAAACUUGAGCAACUAAUACGAACUUCACAAGAAUCAAAGGGUUCCCUUAGAACUACUCCUGAGUCUAUAGAGAAUCAGACCUCUCUCAGCCAACCUAACUCCUCCCCAGUCUUGACAAAAUCCUCAGAGGAGAGUAUUUCAUGUAAUGGAUGUGAGAGGCUUGAUCCUAAUGAACUCAGUGACCUAUAUGCUGAUAAAUUAGUAUCCAUCGAAACUGAAGAAGAUCGGGGAAACGAUAUGGGAUCGGAGGAAUGGGUCCGACCCCGAUCCCAAUAUGUAAGGACCAACACCCACUCUCUCCCCCUGUUUCAAGUUCACAUCACAUAA